GCGUGAGGUGUGGAAAGGUUCUGUGAAAUAUAGUUUAGUGAAAAUUACUAAUGUCAUUCAUCUCGUAAUUUACUUGGACAGUCGUAGGAAACCUUACGCACCUGUUUCUUGGUAUAUUUAUAACUUGGUGUAUUUAGAUAUUACUAUACUAGACAGAUUUUACACCGACUUUAUUGGAAAAAUGUAAAGUAAUGUAUGGCUUGCACGUGCAGUAAGGUCAUAUAUCCCUAGCAUUAGGACAUUACUAAUAGUAAUAAUAAAAAGUAAUUAAAUAUUACCGACUUAGUUUGUUUUAAGGGACGACAUUUUUGCACCAAACGCGUUCACACGUUGUGUUUGUCUCACGACAAAAUAUGAAAGGCUGAGUGACGAACAACACCCUUUAUCAGUCUGGUGAUACCUGGCUAUACCAGACGCCUCAAAGCACAACAAGUUUUGAGAAAAACCCUUGUUUUCCAAAUAUUUGCUAUGUAUAUUUAACAAUACUUGUUAACAAAACACUCAACGAAAUUGAAGGAAAACUGCAAUUAUCCCAUCUAUCGGCUACUGGUUUUCUGUAACUUAAACUGUCGAAAGAGGGCGCACGUAUGAAAACAGCAUCUAUUUCAGUCUAACUUCCGGUUAAAAACCAGGCUAGCUGCUAACAGUAUUUCAGAAAAUGUUGUAAUUUAACCAUGACUUGGAUUGUUUAGAUAUGUGUAAAAUUCUGUUCUACUUUUAAACUGGUAGGAGACCAUUCAUUGCACAUUUAUUUUGCUAUAUGCACUUUUUUAAGUUAGCUAACUGCCCAAUGCUAGCUUGCAAGCUUCUAUUAAAAUGAGUGUAAAAUCAGUUGAAACUUCAUCCCAAUCUGUGGCUGCUGGAGUCGCAAUAGCCGUGGUGUCCAGUUUUAUCAAUGGAUCUACGUUUGUACUACAGAAAAAGGGAAUUUUACGUGCCCGAAAACGAGGUGAUUCCUAUUUAUUAGACGGGGUGUGGUGGAGCGGGACGUUCUCUAUGAUCUUGGGUCAAAUAGGAAAUUUCUUGGCAUACAAUGUGGCCCCUGCUGUGGUGGUUGCACCCCUAGGAGCCCUAGGUGUUCUGUUUGGGGCUCUGUUGGCUUCUCAUAUUCUCCAGGAGCAUCUGAAUAUCUUGGGGAAGCUUGGUUGUAUGCUGUGCUGUACAGGUUCAGUUAUGCUUGUCAUUCACGCUCCAAAGUCUGAAAAUGUGACCACAAGAGCUGAACUGGAGGACAGGCUAGGAGAUCCAGUGCUUUUGGCCUACAUCUCUGUGGUUGUGCUGCUGUUGAUUGUGCUGAUCGUGUGGCUGGCCCCAGUCUACGGGUCGUCAAACAUCAUGGUGUAUGUGGCCAUCUGCUCACUGCUGGGAAGUUUCACCGUGCCCAGCAGUAAGGGGCUGGGCAUGGUAGCCCCUGAGGCCUUCACUGGAGGUCCUGACAAUGCGGGAGCUCUCUGUCUCUUCCUGGGCCUCUUGGGAACGCUGGCCGUCAGCAUCCUCAUUCAGUUCACAUUCAUCAACAAAGCCCUGGAGAGCUUCAGCUCCAACAUAUUUGAGGCCAUUUACUACGUGACUUUCUCCUCCACUGUCAUCCUGUCCUCGGCCGUCGUCUUGAGGGAGUGGAGAGGCGUGGGCUUGGUGGACUGCCUGGGCGUGCUCUGCGGCCUCGCCACCGUGUCGGCAGGCGUUUUCUUGCUUCGUGUCUCCCAAGAGGCCUCUCUCACCUGGAAGCAGGUUAAAGUGCCGGCAAAAGAGGACUAACUUGUUUUCAGAAUUUCUCCGGAAGCCACUGAGGAGGACUAUAAACUAUUAAUUUGUUAAUUUACCUGUCUCAAUUUCAAUAAUGUUUGCUUAUUAAAUUAAUAUGUAUAAUAUAUGUAAAUAUGUGAUGAGUAUGGAGUGAAAUUAAAAAAUUUAUUAAAAAUAUCAAAAUUAUUAAAAUAUUAAACUAUGACACUACUGCAAGUGUAAAUGGAGAAAUAAGAGUACAAUUUCUUACUUCCUUCACAUCAUCAUGUUCUUUGUGUAUGUCAUGCUUUGAUGACAUAUGUGCUUAUUCCUUAUUCUGUGUAUAUUGCAUCCUAGUUUAUGUCCAUGAAAGCUAACAAAAGUUAGGUGUCCGGAAGUUAGUUGUUUAGCUUUUACACAUCCAACCAAAACAGGCAUAUACAUCCAACAACACACGUGUUUCUUUGGCUGAAUGUGGCAGAACUACAUUUUACAGCAAGAAAAUCUUGUUCUCCUGCAAUUUGAAGGAAAGUGUCAUAUACCAAGAAGGCCAAUAGAUAAAGAUGUUCUUUCAUGCUGAAGCCUGAAUUGCUUGUCAUGCUCCAGUUAAUGCUGCUAGUUCACUUUGUAGAAUUCUUCAGAUAUAGUUUAGAUUGAAUAG